GCGCGUCACUUCCGGUAGCGCGGAGCUUGUAAAACACCCCGGAGAGAAAAUGGCGGCGGCAGCUGCUUCGGCGCCUCAACAGCUCUCGGAUGAGGAGCUUUUCUCUCAGCUCCGCCGCUACGGCCUGUCCCCUGGCCCAGUGACGGAGAGCACCCGUCCGGUGUACCUCAAGAAGCUGAAGAAGCUUCGAGAGGAAGAGCAGCAGCGCCGGAGCGGGAGCCGCGGCAACAAGACGCGGAACAGUAAUAACAAUAACACGGCAAACGCCACGGUCGCUGCCGCGGGGAUGGGGGUCCGGCCGGUGUCGAGAGAGCUCCCCUACUUGCGGACUCCUGGGGGCCUGGGCCGAAUGUCGGCCUCGAGCCCGGAGAGCCCCUCGGUGGGGGCCGGGGGCGCCUCGGCCGCCCCCACGGCUGGCAGCAAAGUGGUGCUGGGCUUCAGCUCCGAUGAGUCGGACGCGGAGGCGAGUCCGCGGGACCAGGCCGGCGGCGGCGGCGGCGGCGGGAGGAGAGACCGGGCUUCCCUCCAGUACCGCGGGCUCAAACCGCCGCCGGCGCCCCUGGCCGCGGGCGAGGUGACUAACAGCAGCUCGGCCGAGCGAAGGAAGCCGCACUCGUGGUGGGGGGCCAGGAGGCCGGCGGCUUCCGAGCUGCAGACCCCGUCGCUGAGAAACGGAGCCGCAGAGGACGAGGGAGAGGACGGGGAAGACGCUGAGGGCAGGGACCCGGAGGCCGAGGAGCCGCUGUGGUCGAGCCGGACGGUGAACGGGAGCCGGCCUCUCCCGUACAGCUGCCUGGAAAACUAUUCCGACUCGGAGGAAGAGGAGGACGCCGACGUGGCGUCCGCCAGGCAGGUAUUAAAGGACGACUCCCUCGCCCGACAUCGGCCCAGACGGAGCCACAGUAAGCCUCUCUCCCCGCUGACUGCUAAAUUUGCCGGCAGCCGGCCGGAGACCUCAGUGCCGGGAGGGGGAGGAAUCGCGAUGAAUGACAGGGCGGCGGCUGCCGGUAGUCUAGACAGGAGCCGAAGCCUCGAAGAGUCGCUGGCGGCGGCGGCGGAGCCGGGAGGAGGGUGUGAUCAGCUGGACUCCAGCCCCGUUCCUAGAUACCGUGUUAACGCCAAGAAACUGGCUCCUCUCCUGCCCGCGCCGCCGACUGACGUGGACUCAACCUUAGAUUCGACCGCAGCCUCCCUUCUUAAAACCAAUAAUCAUAUCGGCGGUGGAGCCUGCAGUGUGGACUCGCCAAGGAUUUUUUCCAACAGCCUCUCUCCCAGUGCGGCGGUGGCCGCCGCUAGUUCACUCAGGAUCAAUCACUCCAAUCACACGGGCUCCAAUCAUAGUACCUACCUGAAAAACACAUACAACAAACCGAAGCUUCCCGAACCCGAGGAGGAGCUUCUUCAGCAAUUUAAACGGGAGGAAGUGUCCCCAACAGGGGGUUUCAGUGCCCACUACUUGUCGAUGUUUCUCUUAACUGCUGCCUGCUUAUUUUUCCUAAUACUGGGACUGACUUACCUGGGAAUGAGAGGGACCGGAGGAUCCGAGGACGGAGGACUCAGCAUAAAAAACCCUUUUGAUGAAACAUUUGGAAAAAUACAAGAAAGUGAAAAAAAUCUAAUGAUGAACACUUUAUACAAGCUUCAUGAUCGACUAGCACAACUUGCAGGAGAUCAUGAAUGUGGCAGUUCUAGACAGAGAACACUUUCUGUCCAAGAGGCAGCUGCGUAUUUAAAAGAUUUAGAUCCUGAAUAUGAAGAUAUAUUUAACACUUCAUUGCAGUGGAUUUUAGAAAAUGGAAAAGAUGUUGGAAUAAGGUGUGUUGGUUAUGGCCCUGAGGAAAAAUUGACAAAUAUAACCGAUGUGCAGUUUUUACAGUCCACAAGACCACAGAUGUCUUUCUGGUGUCGUUUUCGACGUGCUUUUAUUACUGUCACCCACAGGUUAUUGUUGUUAUGCUUAGGUGUAGUGAUGGUCUGUGUCGUUCUGCGUUACAUGAAAUAUCGCUGGACAAAAGAGGAAGAGGAAACAAGGCAGAUGUAUGAUAUGGUGGUAAAGAUUAUAGAUGUUUUACGAAGUCAUAAUGAAGCAUGUCAGGAAAAUAAAGAUUUACAACCGUACAUGCCAAUUCCACAUGUGCAAGAUUCUUUAAUACAACCUAAUGACAGGAAAAAAAUGAGGAAAGUCUGGGAUAGAGCUGUUGACUUCCUUGCUGCUAAUGAGUCUAGAGUUCGUACAGAAACGCGAAGAAUAGGUGGCACAGAUUUUCUAGUUUGGCGGUGGAUCCAGCCUUCUGCAUCCUGUGACAAAAUAUUAGUAAUACCUUCUAAAGUAUGGCAAGGUCAAGCUUUUCAUUUAGACAGAAGAAAUUCACCACCAAAUAGUUUGACACCGUGUCUAAAGAUACGAAAUAUGUUUGAUCCAGUUAUGGAAAUAGGGGAUCAGUGGCAUUUGGCAAUUCAAGAAGCAAUUUUAGAAAAAUGCAGUGAUAAUGAUGGCAUUGUUCACAUUGCAGUAGACAAAAAUUCACGUGAGGGUUGUGUAUAUGUUAAAUGUCUGUCUCCAGAAUAUGCUGGAAAAGCUUUUAAGGCAUUACAUGGCUCUUGGUUUGAUGGGAAAUUGGUUACAGUAAAAUAUUUACGACUAGAUAGAUAUCACCAUCGUUUUCCCCAAGCUCUUACUUGCAACACUCCUUUGAAGCCAUCAAAUAAACACAUGAACUCUAUGUCUCAUCUUCGUCUUCGGACUGGCCUAGCCAAUUCGCAAGGAGGUUCCUGAAAAGACUUUCUUCUGCUCCUAGGACUGUUAUUUACAAUAGGAAAAUUUGCUAUUUGGCUUCCUGUCUUCCUUUUUAAAGUGCUUUUUGUAUGCAAUAUUUUUAUUGAACACAGUUCUGUUUGAACGUUCCAGAAAUAGUAAGGUUCCAAAGGGACUUAGCAGUGAGGCAGCAGUGUUUAGUGGAUAGAAUAAUUGUUUCAUUCAGUUUUUGGAGCUCAGUUAAGCCAAUGCAUUUGAAAUUUUGCAUGAGGAACAUUGACUUUAUUAAGCAUUUCAGAUGUGGUGGUUGUAUUUUUGCACCAAAAAGUAUUUGGAUAACCACACAAAAGCAUGGUGGAAAGGCUUAUUGUAUUUCCAUAAUUUCCUGUGAACUAAUGUUGUGAAUUUUUGUAUGCACUCACCUGCAUAGUUCCUACAGGCUAAUGUGGUAAAACUGUUAAUUUCCCACUUAGGUUUCUGUUGCCUAAGAGAUUCAUUUCCUACAGCUGACAUGAGAAAAUUAAUUUGGGUUUAGUGGUUACAUGUAAGUAGAUAUACAUGUACUUAAGCUGGCUUUUGUAUAUAUGUAUAAAUGCCGGUGGUGGCGAAAGUGUAGUCUUGUUUUGUGAGGAUGUCUGCACUAAAGCAGUAAAAUAAGCUUCCUGUUCUAUUCAUAAUCUCACAUGUAUAUAUGUAUGUGUAUAUAUGUGUGUAUGUAUAUAUAUGUAUCUGUAUAUGUGUAUAUAUGCACACACAUAUAUACAUAUGGCUGUACUAUCACAUAGAACAAACAGCCAAACACCUGGAAGUAUUACAUACAAGUUUAAAAUAUCUUUUAUAAGUUUUAUAUAAAAAUGUCUGAGUAUGAUUUUGUGUGAAAGUUGCUAUACCAGUUGUAAUGGGUUCAAAAUUUAUGUGAGCAAUAAAGAAGCAAUUGGCAGAUAUUGGGAAAGUAUUUUGUGAAAAGCUGUAUUUAUUAUAAAUACUAAGGCUAUGACAUAGUACCUUUGGGAUUGAGUCAUUUUCCCAAUCUAUUUAUAAUUUAAUGAAAUGUUAGCUUCUCUGUUAUAUGUCAAGUUUAAAGCAGGGCACAUUGUUGCAGCAAAUGUGUAUUUAAAAAUUUAUAUUUGAAAUUUUGGGUCAUGAAAGUUUGCAGUAUAGUAAAUGCAAGAGUGACAAUUGCUUCGUGCCUCAGUAUUUACUUUGUUUCAGUAAAGUUACUUUUUUACUGUUUAUGAUUUCAGCUUAAAAUGGCUGCCAGAGCAGUUUACUUGUGAUGUAACAACUGGCUUUUAAAGAAAAUAACCUGUUGAUAUAUGGUCAGUCCAAAUGAAUAUGUGAAAUAGCUAGAAUUGUAUCAAUUUUGAUUUUGUUUAAAGCCCAGUUUUGUUUUUGUUUUUUAUUGUAUAUAUGUUGGGUUUGCAGCAUGAACUUGCACAGAUAAUGCACGUUUUCUGGUUAAGUAAACAUGAUGCACACUGUUCUGUAACAGAAAACCCUAUUGUGCCUUACCUAUGUGCUUUUGUGGGCACCAUGUUUAUGAAGAAUAAAACAUGAUUUGUUAUCUGAAGAGAAUAAAUUUUAAAUUCUCAGUUUAUGUCUCAGAUGCUGAAGUGUGAAAAUAUAAAUAUAUAUAUAUAAUAUAUAUAUAUAAAAUAAUCAAUCUUCCUGUAUUUUAUGUGCAUCAUAGUGAUUUAUCUGAGCUUAGUGACCCCCAUCUUGUGACCUGUUGCAAGAAUGAAUGUAAAAAAUAGUUGUGGCAUUUUAAAAGGUCGCCUUUUGAUGCAGAUGCAUCUUUUUCUUGCUUCUAAACCUAUGUCAUGUAAACAUUGUACAUCUGUUAUUGUAAUAUAUACUAUUAUGCAGCUUAUUUUACCUGAAACUGUUAAGCCGACCAAGAUCCCUCCCUGCAAGACAGAUGGGAAUGUGUAUAAACAAUAGAUAUUUGAGAAGUUCCAAGUUUGAUGUAAUCUGUUACUUGUCCUGUUACAAAAAGAAAAAAAUUCUAAUUAAAAGUUUAUUAGGUUUU